UCUCUUUCACAAUGACCUCUUCCUAUAUCUGAGAAGUUGAAGAAUGAUCCAGAGCAUUCAAUAUAUGUUCAAGAGGAUUAUAAUGGAAUACAAGAUGAAGUUGGUGAUGAUCUUACUUAUUACAACUGCCACACUGUCAACUUUGGAGACAACAGAGGCCAGUGUAAGAGAUGUAUAUGAUGAUGAUAUCCUCCAUACUACAAGCUAUCAGAUGCCACUAGAGAUUGAAGAUGAGAUCAUAAACCAUGAUGCCAUCAGUAAAACAAAUGCUUCAGUAGAGAAGAAUAUACCUGAUUUCUGCCAAUGUGGUAAUACUGACUGUGUCUGCAUUGCACCUGCUAAUGUGACACAACCGUGGACCCUACAUCAACUGCUAGAAACUCUCCCAAACAACAUUUCACUACUGUCACUAAGUGGUUUCACUUUUGGCCUCCUGAAAAAUGAAACAUUUCGUGAUUUUUCAAACUUGAGAAGAUUAUUCAUUUCCAAUUGUAGUGUUUUUGCGAUAGAAGUUGACACAUUUAAAAGUUUUCAAAACAUGGACAAUGUUGGUUUGGACCUUGGGAUGAAUAAUAUUACCAAUAUUGUUCCUGGAACAUUCAGCCAUGCCAGAAGUUGGAGUUUUCUGUCUUUUAACAAGAAUUAUAACCUCGGAAGAGACAACGUUCAAAACAUAUUGCAUGAUUUGGAAAAUAAACGUGUAAACAGUCUGUCUGUAGUGGCAUGCGGCAUUGUGAUAGAGACAUUAGAUAAGUCAUUUUAUGAAGCACUUAUCAUGUCAGGGUUAGAUAGAUUACAAAUGCAUGGAAACACAAUACGGACAAUAUCAAAAGAUGCUUUUGAGCCAGUCAAAUCUUCUUUAACUGUACUUUCCAUUUCAAACUUUAUGUAUGUAGCAGAAGAUGCAUUUAAUAUAUUGACAAAAUUGAAGUUUUUAAAGCUUGGGGGAAUGCAAGCAUCAUCACUAUUACUAAAAAUGACUCUUGAUUUGAAUAAACUCCAAUAUUUGACUCAGUUACGAUUGAACAUGUUUAGUCUCCAACCAGUAAACCUAGAAAUUGGCAAUUUAACAACUCUGAGACUUUUGAGACUUAUUUACGCGAAUAGUAACUUCGAUGGAUAUAGAGGACAAGUGAUUAGACUACUAGAUACUUCCAGUGAUCUCAAAUCAGUUGACUUUUCUGGGAAUCUUCUCUUCCAAUACCCUGAAGAGGAGUUAUGUCAGUUAGUAAGUGGUAGGAGCAAUCUGACAUCACUCAGUUUGACUGAUAACUAUAUAUCCAAACUACCACUGUGUACAUUCAGGGGACUGUACAAACUCCGUAUUCUGCUCCUGAAGAAAAACAGACUUGUAAGCAUUCAGAAGGAUUUAUUCAAAGAUUUGUAUAGUUUGAAACACCUAGACAUAUCUCAAAAUGCUAUCAUAUUCAUCGAUGCUAGUAAUGUUGAGCAGAUGACAGCAUUGAGCAGAUUAUAUCUCAGAGAAAAUGCCUUUGAUUGUAAUUGUGACUUGAGACCAUUUAGAGAUUGGUUGAGCCAAACAGAGAAAAGUAAAAGAAGAAAAAUCCUUGUGAACUACCAAGGAGAAAUGUGUUUUAAACCUUUAGCAAGAAAGCAUGAGUUUGUUCAUAACUUUACUAUACCCUGGAUUGAGUGCAACAGUGGUUUUAUUAUGAUUACUAGUCUUGUAACAAUUGGUUCCAUUUUAUUUUGUGCCACAAUAACAGUUGUAUUACUCAAACAUUUCUGGAAAGAUAUAUUAUAUAAGAAAAUGGUUUACAAAGCUCGGAAACACAUUGGCUAUUCACCAAUACAAGAUGUGCCUAUAGAGCAUGAUGCUUUUGUAAGCUACCAUAGUGAAAAACAACUGUGGAUUGAACGAGACCUCUGCACCCAGUUGGAGGAUGGAGAAGACAUCAAGUUUAAUCUCAUGUUCGAUAACAGGAUGAAUCUUGGAGAAUCAAUUUUUACUUCCAUGGGCCAGGCCAUCCACACGAGUAGAAAUAUUCUCUUUGUCGCAAGUCGAGGUUGGGUGGCUGCUGCCAUGAAUCAGUUAGAAGUAGACAUGGCUCUUCUUAAAAUGGUAGACGAUCACAGGGACAUGAUCAUUGUACUUCUGAUGGAGCAUAUUCCCAAAGCUGAAAUGUCUGAAAAGUUGAGAAUGAUUAUGAAGCAUAAUACAUGCUUUAAAUGGAGUGAUAAUGAGCGACAGCAAGCUAGAUUCUGGAGGGAUUUGAAGUUAGAACUAGGAAAACACCAUAUGGACUAAACAUCAUGUUACUUGAACAUUAACUUUACUUUCUGUAACCAAGAUGCAAGAUAUACUGAUUAUAUUAUGUUAUUGUAAAUUUAUUUUGCAUUUUUGCAUACCAUUCAAGUGACAGAAUUGCAUUAUUUUAAAGAUAAACAGAAUAAAUAAAUGUACCUUUAUAAAAUUACGGAUUAGUUGUCUGUAUCAGAAUUUCCUGUAAAGGUAAAAGAACCAGGUAAUCAGGCUAAAACGAAUGUUCAGUUAUAGGAUAUUAAAUAAGUACAAACAUGCUUAUUAUGGGAUUUUUACAUAUUGUAUAUACUUAUGCCUAUACUUAGUACUUUUAAAUAUAAUACUGUGUACCA